UGCGUUGCACCAUUCAUGAUACGAAAACGACCGACAGCAGUCCCAAUGUGUGGCCGCCUUAAUCUACAGCUAGCAUGCUUCGGCGUCCCACAAAACCCCAUUGAUGUGCAGAGCCUUCGCCUCGAACGUGUAGCACGUCGGUUAGUACUCCCACUAAUUGAUGUGCUGCAGGACCAUGCUCCAGCGUUCGAUCCCAUCUUGGUACUCUGCAUCCUGGGGAGUGGAGGGCACACUCCUAAAGGAGGGGAGAACACCGCGCCUUGGGAGCAGCGUAUCAAGAUUGGGAGAUAAAGCCGUACGGGCUCGCUCCUUGGGUAACAUCCGGUGGACCAAGAGUCCUCAGCCAUGGUAUGUUACCUGGAGAAGACCUCAAACGCUUUUUGCUGUUAGGACGUCGUCGACUAGUUUCAUGAUCUGGCGUUCGAUCCGCGGGGGUUGCGUGCACGCCAGGGGUGUUGUGGUCCUCAAUCGCCUAACACAUGUGCUCAAGGAUGGACCUCAGCUGGUCCGCGUGCCACAUCGCCGCUUUUGCUGUUCUCAGUUGUCUUAUAUCAAAGCAUAUCCCUCCAGUAUGUCUCCUGAUAAGUUAUCAGAUCACGCACUGCCGGACCAUUCGACAACGGGCUAGGCAGUGUCGCCAUUCAUAAACAUCCCAUCGCAUCCUACUUGGCAGCGUCCUCAUGCAGAAGCACGUAUUCACGCGCCGACGUCCCGAACUUCAACACUGCGGUCAGCACCAAGCCCUCG